AUGUGUCAAAGAACGAUUUGUCAGGACUGUGGCAAGUUUACUUGGACAGGUUGCGGUCUCCAUAUCACAGAAGUACUAGCAGGCCUGUCCCUUGAACAGAUCUGUUCCUGUGAUGAUGAUCGUGAUAGUGAGCAUCCUUGGACCACUCUGGCAGAUCAAACAACAACGGCUGUUACAUCUUCGACUUCUUCUUCUUCCCAAGAAGCACGGACUGAUCCUGUUGGUCAUUGUCCUAAUCCCUCUCCAAUCGAAUACCGGCUGUCCAAGAUUUCAGCAGCAACUGCAGAGGUUGCUCCCAGUAGAAUGGCUCAACAAGCUGCUGCAUUAGAGGAGCUACGCCGAAUUAAACAAGAGAAAGAACGAGAACUCAAAGAGGCCAAUGAAGGAGCACUUCAGAAACUUAUACAUGGCCUUUCUGAUGUUAAAGAAGAUGUCAUUACUGACUGA